AUGCCGAGGCCAAGGCCCGAAAAUGCCCCUAUCCGGGUAAAUGACCGGGCACAGCAAGAGCAGAUUCGCAAGCGUCGGCACAAUCUUUUCAAGCGGUUGAAGGAGUUUAAUGACCGCUACGGAAUCGAUAUCUGGAUGACUAUGCAGAUGCCGAGCGGGUGGGUUUACACGUUUGCUACGAAAGACGAAGGGGCUCGACCUGGCGAGGCUGACCUGGAGGCACGGAGCCUACCGGUGAUUCGAAAGACCCCAGUGGACUACUGUGUAGACGCUGAACGGAGAAUGUUCGUGCGAAGCCCACCGGUGUUUUCGUUGCAACGCCCAUCAUACUGCGCUGAUGGUCAUGGUUCUUCGAAAGUCUCGGAGUCUCCUGAACCUCCCCCUCUGUGUCAGAUUAGCAAAACAGACACAGCCAGCUGUGGCUCCGUGAAAGAAGAACAUGCUCCUGUAGACGAGGGCCUGCCUUCUCGCGGCCACUCUCAAUUCCUGUAA